UCAUAAUUUCAAGAAAUUCGCCGCCGGAUGUUGCCGGCCGCUUCAUCAAUCGGCAAUCUCCGACCACCAAAUGCCCCCGAAACUGAUCUCCAACGCAAAGCGCCGCACUCAUCCGCUCAUUUGGUUCGCUGCCGUUCUCUGUACUCUGGUUUCGAUCGCCGUCAUAAUCGCCGGUGUCGGCGUCUUCAUUGGCUACCUAGUGAUCCACCCUAGGAUUCCGACGAUCAGUGUCAUCGGCGCUCAUCUUGAUAACUUCCAGAACGAAAUCGCCGGCCGCCUCGAGGUUCAGUUAACGAUCCUCGUCGAGGCGGAGAAUGAUAACGCGAAAGCGCAUGCGAGUUUCUCCGAUACGAGUUUGUUCCUGAGUUUUCUAGGGCUAAACAUCGCUGAGCUUGUAGCCGAUCCAUUCGAUGUGAGGAAGAACGGCUCUGUCCAGUUCCAUUACGCCGUGAAUUCGAUUAUGAUUCCUUUGAAUCCAGAGCAGAUGGAGGAAGUCGAUUUCGCGUUGAAGACGGAUCUGAUCCAGUUCGAUUUGAAUGGGAACACGAGAGUUCAAUGGCGAGUUGGAUUGUUUGGAUCCGUGAAAUUUGUAUGCCAAAUUCAUUGCGGGCUUAAAUUUCAUCUUCCAAUGGAACGUACUUGAUUUCGCCUUGUAGUUCUCGAGCGAAAUGAUUUCUCUGUUCUUGGGAUAGUUUUAGUACAGAACAAUUUCAUUCCAUUUCUUGGAAAAUUAGACGAUUCAUAGUGCGUAUUGAGAAUUUUUGUUAGAUUUAGAUUAGCGAAAUUGAGUUAUAUAAUUUGUAAAAUUAUUUGAGUUAUCUCGGAUUUGAAUUUAGUUAAUAUUAAAUUAAAUGGUUGU